AUGGCUCCUUCAACACUCUGCCAAGCCGCCCCAUGGCUCCUUCAACUGUCAAAGGCCGCCCCAUGGCUCCUUCAACUUCAGUCGCCGCCCCAUGGCCCUUCCAACACUCCGUCAAGGCCGCCCCAUGGCCCUUCUACACCACCACCUGGUCAAGGCCGCCCCAUGGCUCCUUCAACACCUGCCAAGGGCCGCCCCAUGGCCUCCAACACACUGUCAAGGCCGCCCUGUAUGGCUCCUUCUACACCACCUGUCAAGGGCCGCCCCAUGGCUCCUUCUACACCACCUGUCAAGGGCCGCCCCAUGGCUCCUUCAACACCUGCCAAGGGCCGCCCCAUGGCUCCUUCAACACCUGUCAAGGGCCGCCCCAUGGCUCCUUCAACUCCUGUCAAGGGCCGCCCCAUGGCUCCUUCAACACCUGCCAAGGGCCGCCCCAUGGCUCCUUCAACACCUGUCAAGGGCCGCCCCAUGGCUCCUUCAACUCCUGUCAAGGGCCGCCCCAUGGCUCCUUCAACACCUGUCAAGGGCCGCCCCAUGGCUCCUUCAACACCUGUUAAGGGCCGCCCCAUACUUAUUCACACCUACAUCAAGACUCCCAUGGGAGAGCUGCAGGGUGACAGUCUGGCGGACAAGAGUCGUCCCCACAAAAAUGUCGUCAGGUCGACUAUAUGUCCGGGGAGAACAGAACAGAUACGUCAUCAUCUGCGUGAAGUGUUGAAGGGGGAAACCUCGACCAACCUUCCCGAGCCUUUCACGAUCAUCCCUAAUCUGCCUCCUCAUUCCCAUCACCCUGGCAGUGUCCUCAUGAAUGAAGCUGAAAG